CGGCGAAGAAAUCUGUCAGCGGCACAGAAUUUAUGGAAUCUGAAUACAAUGUGGCCCACAAGGAGUGGAAGGCUGACUGACAUGACAGGCAGGGGUGGGAACAAGUCAAGCGAGAACCACAGAGUCACACAAGCUCCACUGAAGGUGAGCUUGACAAAACGACAACGGAAAAAUGCACCGACUGCAUGAGUCUCCUCCGCGGCUUUCUGUUUAAGGGCAAUAUGAGUUGUGGAGGACGACGGCAUACAAACUUCCUCUCUGCAGCCACCAUUGGAUGUCUUUCCUGUCAACUAUUUGAUCCUCCAGAUCAGCGCCUCGUUGGACCGAUGGCUUACAUGAGACGGGAUCAGUAGUUGAGAAACCGACUAUUUCAUCACAGAGGCUGCAGCCAUGCCGGGCUCUCAGGAGGCCAGUCUGGAUGAGGAUGCAGUGUUCCUGCCGGUAAAGCCGUCUUCGCCGGAGUUCCUCUACUCAGAGCUAGAGCGACAUUCCAUGGAGAAACUCCUGUGCGAAGGUCCCAAAGCUUUCUACAACUCUGUCGGCACAGAGCUCUCCGGCUCCUUCCUGUCUCCCGAUGAGGUUAGCGAAAUAACCAGCUGGGUUCAGGACUUUCACUUUACCCCACUUCAAAAAGAGGAGAAUGGAGGGAACGUCAACCCAGAUGAAGCGGACCUCACCUCCUCCUACUUCCCGUCCUACUCAGAUGUGCCCGCUCCGAGUUUGGCGUUGGGCUGGCCUGAGGCGCCUUGGGUGCGCAUGGAAAACGUUGCAGUCUACACGAAUCCCCCCGCCGAGGGAGAACCUUCCAUCAGAGAGGUCAUCCGACGGCAUCUGCAGAAGGCCAGCCAAGUACUUGCCAUUGUGACUGACCGACUGACAGACAGCACUAUCAUUGGGGAUUUACAUGACGCAGCCUCCAGGGGUGUCCCGGUUUACAUUAUCCUCAACCAACGAACUGUUGAGGAGAAGUACACACUCCACAGGCUGGGACAUCCGAAUAUUCAGGUUCGUGUACUUGGAGGUAAAAGCUUCUGUUCGAGCAAGGGAAAGAUGAUGGUUGGGGAGUUGAAAGACAAAUUCAUUCUGGUGGAUUUGGAGAGAGUAAUUCAUGGUAGCUACAGCCUCGCAUGGACCGAUGCUCACUUACACCGGCAUCUCAUCACCGUUAUCACUGGCUCGGUUGUGGACAGCUUCGACAAAGAGUUUCGGACCCUGUUUGCGGCGUCUGCCCCGGUUCCCAACUUGUUGCAGUAUGCUGUUCCCCACGUGGAAAUGACUGAGCAACAAAAUGACUUCAAAGACCCUAGCCCUCCAAGACACUUCCACGUGACUCAAGAGAUCCUCAACCCUCCUUCGCCACCGAUGGACACCCAUCUGGACUGGGAGGCCAUGGGUGUUAUUACCAGAGAAAGCUUCCCGGAUAGUCUUUUUGAAGACUCGGAAAUUGAGGAAAAGGAAACACCCUUGCGUACUGAUGUGAAGUUUGAUAAAAACACACUUGCUUUGGAUACUUAUACUCAAAAUGGAUUUCACCCGAUGACCACGAGAAGGGUGUGGGACAGCUCUCCAAUGAUAAACAGUAUGCCAGACAACGCAAAAAUUUCCAAUUGGGCAGAACGUCAGACAGAACAAGCUGCAUCCCGACAGUUCUCCACAGAAGACAGAGCAUUGUCAGCGUGGCGCGACAACAGAGACAGCGACUUGGGGCAAAACGAGUUUUUAUUUUCCUCUAUGAGGGAAAGACGCCGUGCAAGGCCCGAUCCCAAUGUGAAAGAGGAGAGCGGCUUCGACGACCUCAGCUCCGGCAUAGAAAACAUAGCCGCCUCAAGAAAGCCCUUAAUUCUGAGGGUGCCGCAAUCCGAGAGCUUCCACUCCCUGAAUGACCUUAUAAAGAGGUUUAAACCUCAGAAUAACAGAGCAGAACUAUUCAGGAAAGGCUCCAGUACCAAUAUGUCUGAGAUGACCCAGUCCAUGGUGGACCUCCACACGGAUACACCCAGCGCUGACCCAACUCCAGAUGAGCGAAGAUUCUCUGUACCGAGGCUCAAUUCCAAUUAUCAUGACCCGGACCAAAUGACACCAGGCUUAAUCCUGAUGAAAAGGAGGAACAAUGUGAUCAAGUCAGCCCUGCAAAGAAUUCCACAGGCUUCUAAACCUAGACCUCGGAGCUUCGCCCUGGAUUUGAGUUGGAGGCCUCUAAGGGAAAGAAAAGGGGAAGAGGAAUGAGCUGCCGUAUCAUAUAACAAAGCUCUAUCUCUCUUGAAAGGAACUGGAAAACCUCUGUUACCUCUGUAGUAUUAAACACCCGAACAAGAAAAAAGGCUGACUCAAAUCAA